AUGCCCGCUUAUUCCAGAUAUUCAAGUAUUGGAUUGUAUCUUGGAUUUCAUCAGCCACGUGAACAUCUUGACCAAGACUGUGGAGACUGUGAAUGGGACACAGUUCAACAAAUACACCAUCCAACACUUGCAGAUCCUCAAGGGUGGCCUCGAACUGCCCUCAGUCGUCCUCGUCCCUAUGGGUCCAUUGUUCUUCCCGGUCUUGAUGCUCUUGGUGGAUUGACUGGAGGUCUUGGUGGAGUUGGUGGGCUCACUGGAGGUCUUGGAGGUCUUACCGGUGUUGUUGGUGGGCUCACUAAUGGAUUGGGCCUCGGUGACGUACUUGGUGGAUUG